UAUAAAAGGGAUGUGAUAGACUCUUUCACAGUGGGACUUAUCAGGAAGAGCGCGCGCGCACACUUUCAAAGUCUAGUCAAAGUUAAAAGAGAUCAAUAAAUAACCAAAGCACAGUUAAAAUUCCCAUCAUUUAGUCUCGCCGUGUUCCUCUACUGAUCCUCCAUCCUGCUCACCCGGAGGUCUCACCUGCUGCAGUGACCGGGGGAGAGAGAUGAGGAGUCCGCAGACCAUCCGAGCGGGAUCACCGGUGUCUCUGCUGCUGCUGCUGCUGCUCACAAGGGUUCACGUCGACGGGUACAAGCCUGUCAUCAUCGUGCAUGGGCUAUUUGAUGGACCGGCACAGUUCAAAACAUUGACUGUGUACAUCACAAAGGUGCAUCCCGGCACGGAGGUGAAGGUCAUCAGUUUGUACGACAACCUGGCCAGUCUGAAGCCGCUCUGGAGGCAGGUCAACGCCUUCAGGAAAGCCAUCGAGUCCAUCAUGCAAGAAGCUCCUGAUGGGGUUCAUCUUCUGUGCUACUCACAAGGUGGUCUAAUGUGCCGAGCGCUUCUCUCCACAACUCCAAACCACAACGUGCACACCUUCAUUUCGCUGUCAUCACCACAAGCUGGACAGUACGGAGACACUGAGUACCUGAGAUGGAUAUUCCCAGACUGCAUGAAGAAGUCAGUGUUUCGUAUCUGCUACAACAGAUUUGGACAGAAAGUGUCCAUUUGCGACUACUGGAAUGACCCACAUCACAGAUCUCGCUACCUGCAGUACAACAGCUUUCUGGCCAUGAUUAAUGGCGAAAGGCCAAACAGUGACAUGAAAGCGUGGAGGGAAAACUUCCUGCGCAUCAAGAAGCUUGUUCUGAUUGGAGGACCAGAUGAUGGCGUCAUAACACCAUGGCAGUCAAGCCACUUUGGAUUCUUUGACAGCAAAGAAAACAUCAUUGAAAUGAGGAACCAGGAGUAUUACAAGAACGACACAUUUGGUCUGAAGACGCUGGAUGCUAAUGGAGACGUGUCGGUGUGCAUUCACUCUGGAGUGAAGCACGUUAACUGGCACUCUAACUUCACAGUGUUCAGUGGCUGCAUGGAGAAGUGGCUAACAUGAAAACGACUCAGUGACCGGGUGUAGAACAUGAUAAAGAAAGCGUAAUGCAACUGAAUGAGACUUUGUGAUGAAGAAGUGUAACUUUUAAAGACGCAGGGGCAUUGGUGGUAACUGUAGAAAAGUUAUUGCUUGCACAAGUAUGUACAUAUGAUUGAUAUUUUUGAAAGAGAAGGGAAAGAAGCAACAGUUGUGACGUAUUUUGCAGGAAAAAGUUCAGAUUGUUUCUAUACAUGAUGUUUGCAAAUGAGCAGGCUGCUAGCUGGCCUGCAAGUUUAAACAAUUUUAAAGUGACAGGCAAAUUAUGAUUUUAAUUUAUUUUCAAAAUAACCCAAAAAGAGAGAUAAAAAAAAAAAGGUUAAGAUAUUUUUUUCUAUAAGACCCUCUUCAUUUUUUUACAAUAAGAUGUGACAAAUGAACUAGAGAUAACCGAGAGUAAAUAUCUGAUCGAUGAUCCCUUUUGUGUUUAUGUUAUUCAAAAGAGUAUUAUUUUGUAAAUAUGUUCUUGGCUUUUUUUCUUAAACAGUAUUUUAAAUCUUUUCAUUUUUAUAUUCAGAUGCAUCCUUACAUAGGCCUUAACAUUUCUGAUAUGAAAUUAAUCAGACUUGUCCUUGCAAUACUUGAACAUUUAAAAAUCAUUGCUGCCCUCUAGUGGACAAUUCAGGUAUGUUGCUUUUCUGCAAAAAAAGGAACAUGAUGUAAAGUUCAAACCACCAGAGAGUGGAAUAAGACCUGUUUCUGAUGUGUGAAAUGUUGUUCUUUUAUAUCUGCAUUAAAAGUUUUUGCAGUAACAUUU